AUGCGUAUUCUACACGAAAAAUCUACAAUUCGAAGCCGCAGCUCACAAAUCGACGGAAUUUCCACAAAAAGUCGCCAAAGAGGCGCAUUCUACAAAAUCCCAGUCAUUCCACAGCUGGGAAGCGAAUUUUUCACCCAAAAAAUGAAUUUUCAGCGCCUAAAAACACUGACCAACGUCUCACCAAUGAAAAGAAAGCGUACCGCUUCAUCUGUCGAUCAUCUGAAGCCAGAAGACGUCAAACCGAUGCUCGUCCCAAAAAUCGAUCCGGUCAAGAAACGAACCGCCCGUAUGACGGCGAAAGCCACCGGGCCGGAAUUCGAUGACGACGAAUAA